GUCACGUGACAGGACUUCCUCCUGUGCCUCAUCGUCAAAGUUCGCCGAUAGCAAUACCGGUGGGAUUUUUAAACAGACUAAAAUAAUUGAUGCGGGAUAAAUAGAACCAUAUAUCGUAAAAUACAUGUUUUCAUAAAAAUGUCUUCAAAACCGACAUGUUUGAUCGUCGCGAGUGCGUCUCCUCAAGGGGUGUCCGCGAAGUCUUUCCAUCAGUCUUUUAGUCUUUGCUCCGCAGCUUUCAAUCUCCAGACAGCUACACCUGGGGGGAAACCGAUAGACUUUGUUGGAGUGGAUGAGAGCACAGCCAGAUGGGUGCAGGACUUCAGUGUAAAACCUUAUGCUACACCGGCCAAACUUGAAUCUAUAGACGGUGCCCGGUACCAGGCUCUGCUGAUCCCUGACUGCCCCGGAGCUCUGAAUGACCUGGCACACAGUGGCUCUUUGCACCGGAUCCUAUCACACUUUAUCUCACAGCAGAAGCCUGUUUGUGCAGUGGGAGAGGGAGUGUCAGCUCUGUGCUGUGCUACAGAGGGACACAAAUGGAUCUUCCAGGGAUACAGUUUAACAGGGCCGUCCGUAUUUGAACUGGUGAGGAGGCCAGAUUUUGCCAACCUGCCUCUGAUUGUGGAGGACUUUGUGAAAGACAGUGGAGGUUCAUACACAGCAAGUCAAGAAGAUGCAGUACACGUGGUCACAGAUCGGCACCUGAUUACUGGACAGAACAUGCGGUCAACAUCACUGGCUGUACACAAUCUAAUCCUGCUCUCUAGUGGUAAAGACAAAUAGAGAUAGGAUCUGACACACGCACACUUGAUUUCACGUUUAUAUUGAUGCAAUCAAACAAAUAUUUGGAAUUAUUGAAGAUAUAUUUGGCACCAAGACAAAGCGUCCCAACUUGUCGACAAAAACAAAAUCACAUUUCUUGAUUGAAAGGAAAACGUGACAAAAGUGAAUACAGAGGUGUAAAUUAAUUUUCAAAGCCUGAAACAAGCAUUUUUAUUUCAUGUACAUAAAUAGAUACUGAUCGUGUACCUUCCGUUGUUGAGUAUCAGUGGGUCUGUACAAAUUUAAUUCAACGUCAUUUUAGCUGCCGCUGGAGCCAAUUAAAACACAUUCCACUUUCAUCCGUUCUCUUCACUCCCCCCAAACAACGUGAUUACGAACUAACCCCUGAUCUCAGAGGUUAUUUUAACUGGCAGGAAAAACAAUCCUGCAAACAGCAGCCGAUGUUCGGGUUCACAGCAAUAAAAACACAUCAACAGAA